AGAUGUUGCGCAUGAUGUUGGAAGAAAUAUAAAGGGGUGAGGAUUCUGCGCGUUAAAUCUGAGGUUGGAUAUCGAUCGAUCGCGGUGGUUUUGUUGAAAACGUGAAAAAAUAAUAUGAUGCGGUGGUUUAAAAAUCAUGCAAAGUGAUUUUUUUAUUAACUCAAUUUGUUUUUGGUGCGAUUGGGACUAAAAACUGAUUAAGAAAAAAAAAUUAAUCAAACACCAUCUUCACCACCACCACCACGAACAACAACAAAUAAAUUUAAUAUUAUUAACUCCUUAAAAAUUAAUGCCGUCAAAAUUCCCCCAAAGGUCACCGCCAAAUACGUCCGAGCAUCAACUCGGCGCAACGGAAUCGCCGGAUUCGGCCUCGGAUACCACUUCCUCCAAUUGACAACAAAGAGGGCCCCCGCUGCCGUUCGAAGAACAUCCUGUUACGACCCGUUAAUCAUCCCCGUUAUGGAAACGACAUCAACGGGGGCGGACGAAGACGCCCCUUGGCACUGUGCUGUACCCCCUAGCGUAUUCUUUUUAUUGGGAACUUUGGUUUUAACGGCGUGCGCCACAGCAAUGCUUUGUGGGGCCAUCAUGACCGAUCACUGGGAGGAAGUAACAUGGGAUGAACGCGAAUUGAAACGAUUAAGUAACGGAACUGAAGUCGAAUUAGAAUUCAUUUUGGACCGAAAAGUGGUUAGGGUUCUUAAUAGGGAGGCGUUUAGGAAAAAAAGGGGGACCACGUUUCUUGUACCGAUGCAUGGUGGGAUUUGGACGUUAUGUGUUAGUUUAAACGAGGAAGAAAUCGGUUUGUUGGAUCAAGUCGAUUUUCCAAAAAUCCCACAAUGUGUUAAUUAUCUCUCAGGGCCCCCCAAAACAGAACCACGUCCCGAUUGGCAACACCGAAUGCAAAAUUUAUCAAUUUCCUGCGCCUUAGUUUGUCUCAUUAUUUUAGGAACUGCCGCUUUAGUUGGAGCUUUUGGGGUUUGUCAGCACCAAAUUAGCGCUGUUUUAGUUACAGGGGUUAUGUAUUUAUUGGCGGCAUCAUUCGCGUUAUUCACAUUAACAAUAAUCCAUUUUAAAAGAGUUCAAAGUAAACCUCGAUUGGGGGUUGAUGAUGGAACCGCGGAUGGUGUGGUGAGUUCUUCGAGUGCCCGAGGGGCUGAACAUCUUUUCUCAGCACGCGUUUUUACAACAUCAUGGUCGUUAGAUUUGGGAUGGGGCGGAGUCGUUUUAACAGCGAUGGCUUCGGUGCUUUGGAUGCUUUUAUCGAAAAUCAUGCGUUUUAACCCCAUUCAAACAUCAAUCAAUUAAUUUCGAUUUGAAAAACUGCCUCAAAAUGCAUAAUAAUAAAAAUAACGCAUAAAAAACGAAUUGGAGGAGAAUUCAUCUUCAAGAAAUUACUUAAAACUAUUUAAAAGAAGAAUAAGUGAGUGAUAAGGCUGUGAUGAACGUGAUGCAGUGAAAAUCGGUGAACGAAAGGAAAGAUUGGCCUUCGCUUUGUGCAAUUCAUGCUGGACCGUCCAAAUUUAUUACAAACAAUCAACGGUAGGCGAUAAUAAAUCGAUGUAAAAUCAAAUUAAGUCAUACGAACAAAUCUGAACCCAAACGAAAUCAUUAACAGCUUAAUGCACAGUUCCAAGGCGCCUAAGAGAGGUGUGCAUUAAGUUAAAAUUGCCUUAGACAACGCAUGGCUAAAUCGCUACAACAUUAUUCACGCACAAUACAAAAUGAAACAAAUUAAGCUUAUUGUAAAUAUCCGAACUGUUGUAAAUUUUGCAAAAAAGAAACUAAUAAAAUCUUUAUGCUGGUUGUAAA